AUGGCUGAGGGAACUGGGAUUGUUCAGUCUGGAGAAGAGGAGGGUCAGGGAAGACCUCUCUACAGUGCCCUGAAAGGAGGUGGUAGUGAGCUGGUGGUUAGCCUCUUCUCCCAGGAAUAUAUGAUUGUCGAUCGACCCAAACGCCUCACACAUGCGUUUUUGAACCUGAGGCCUAAGGGCUGCAUAGUCUCAGUUAAGAAUUCUUUAUUAAUACUCAAGUGCUGUGUAUGUCUACUCUUUCAGGCUCUUAAUUGGAACUUAAAUCCACUGACAGUUGUAUCAUGGCUAAACAUUUACAUGCAAGUUGCCUAUUUAAAUGAGCUUUACGAGGUAUUGUUGCCACAAUAUCCACAACAAAUAUUUGUACAAAUAGCAGAGCUCUUGGAUCUCUGUGUGCUGGAUAUUGGCUGCUUGGAGUAUACAUAUGGUGUACUUGCAGCUUCUGCUUUGUACCACUUCUCCUCAUCUGAGUUGAUGCAGAAAGUUUCAGGUUAUGAAUGGUGUGAGAUAGAGGAAUGUGUAAAAUGGAUGGUUCCAUUUGCUAUGGCUAUAAGGGAAGUAGGAAGCUCCAAACUCAAACACUUUAGAGGUAUAGCUCCUGAAGACUUGCACAAUAUACAGACGCACAUAAACAGCUUGGAUUUGCUGGACAAAGCUCAAGCAAAACAAGCCAUAUUGGCUGAGCAAAAUAGGACUUCACCUUUCCCCACUGGUGUCCUUACACCACCACAAAGCAGUAAGAAGCAGCCCGCUGGACUGAAGCCGAUAUGACUGUACGAACUGUUUACAGAUGAUUUUGCUGAAGUGCCUGUUCUGCUGGUUCUAACUCCUGCUCCAUUAUGGAAAUGCUGCCGGUGACAUUCAUAAGCUUUUAUGGAAUUUGAAAAGGAAACCUUAUCUUUUUCAUGACAGAAGAUUUUUUUCUAUUUGAAAUAUUUUUAUUGAACGUUAAAACAUUUUAUAGAAAUGGAUCGAGUACGCCAGCCACUUAAAAGAACACCGAAGAGUGCUCCAAAUGCUGCUAUUGAGGGUGAUGCUUGAUGUGACCAACUGUUCAGAAAAAAAGGCUUAAAGUUUAGGUUAUUUACUGUGCCUGUUUGUCUUUUGAGUAAUCAGCAGUUAUGCAGUCCCCUGUUGAUAACUGGGCAAGACGUGCUGUGCAAGGCGACAUUUCAAAGCCUCUUUUUCAAAUGGUUGGCUUACAACCUGAUGCCUUUUCAAAAAAAAAAAAUCUUUAUUGUAAAUGCUGCUAUGUCUCUGUGUAUCCAUUUUUAAUAAAAAUGCUGUCUAAGACAGCUGGUUUUAUGUAUA